AAAAAAUCUACAGUAUUGAAAUGUGUUCAUUUCAUUCUUAUCUGCAAAAUUUAAACAGGCUAACGUAGUCAUGUACGCACCACUGUCUUGUACAGUCCAACGUUGUAGCUUCCAGUUGCCCAUUUCAGACAGCCCCGGGUCGGAUCUUUUGCACAGCUUUAGAUCCCCAUUUGAACUUAAGCAACUCCAUGCUCACAUAAUAAAAGCUAAUGCCCCUCUCUCUGUUCUUCCACUCGCCCGAGUUGGCUCAGUCUGUGCAUUCACUUCAAGCUUUAGUUACGCUCAUCGAAUCAUUCAGCGUUCGGGGAAGCCAGAGAUUGUUGUUUGGAACACUUGUUUGAAGUCUUUGGCUGAGAGUGAUUCUCCAAAUGAUGCCGUUGUGUUGUUUUAUAAAUUGCGAGAAUUCGAUGUUUUGCCCGAUAGUUUUACGUGUUCUUUUGUGCUUAAAGCUUGUUCGAAGAUUUUAGAUGUUUUGAAUGGGAGGAUUGUUCACGGGGUGGUUGUGAAACUUGGGUUUGAGUGGAAUUUGUUUCUGCUGAACACGAUUGUUCAUUUGUAUGGGGCGGGUGGGGCGAUGAGGGAUGCGAGGUUGUUGUUUGAUAAAAUGCCUGAGAGAGAUGUUGUGACGUGGAAUACGAUGAUAACGCAGUUGGUGAAAAGGGGAGAUGUUGAUGGAGGGUAUGAGUUGUUUUUAAGAAUGCCGGAGAGAAGUGUGAGGUCGUGGACUGGUAUGAUUGCGGGUUUUGUUCAGAGUGGGAGGCCGAAGGAAGCUGUUGGUAUCUUUACGCAAAUGGAAGAAGCUGGAUUGAGGCCUAAUGAGGUGACGGUUGCUGCUGUUCUUUCGGCCUGUGCAGAUUUAGGCGCUCUUGAUCUUGGCGAGAGGCUUCAUAAUUACUCCAAUCGAAGUGGGUUUAGGAGAAAUAUUCGUAUUUGCAACACUUUGAUUGAUAUGUACAUCAAAUGUGGAUGCUUGGAAGCUGCUCGCGAGGUCUUUGAUGAGAUUGAGGAGCGAGAUAUUGUGUCAUGGUCGGCUAUGAUCCAGGGGCUCGCGAUAUAUGGACAAGGUGAGGAUGCUUUAAACAUUUUCAAUGAAAUGAUUCACAAGGGAAUCAAGCCUAAUGAGGUCACUUUUGUCGGCCUCCUACAUGCUUGUAGCCAUAUGGGUCAAGUAGACGAGGGUCGCAAGUUUUUUGUUAGCAUGAGGAGAGACUAUGGGAUAACUCCUCGGAUCGAGCAUUAUGGUUGUAUGGUUGAUCUCUUGAGUAGGGCAGGGUUACUUGCAGAAGCUCAUGAAUUUAUCAGAAACAUGCCUAUCAAGCCAAAUGCGGUUGUAUGGGGAGCUUUCCUCGGUGGAUGCAAGGUUCACAAGAACAUUGAAAUGGCUGAAGAAGCAAUCAAACACCUCAUUAAACUAGAUCCACUUAAUGACGGAUACUAUGUUGUUCUGUCAAAUAUUUAUGCAGGAGCAAAGAGGUGGGAGGACACCGUAAGAGUGAGGAAGCUGAUGAGAGACAACGGAGCCAAAAAGAAACCCGGGUGGAGUUCAAUCACAGUAGACAGUACAAUUCAUGAAUUUGUUGCUGGUGACGAGACUCAUCCUCAGAUUGAGGAGAUACACAAGAGGUGGGAUAGAUUAUUGGAAGAAAUGAGAAGCAAAGGUUACGUCCCUGAUACGUCUGUUGUUCUGCUAGAUAUUGAAGAGCACGAGAAGGAAAGAUUUCUAUACCGACAUAGUGAAAAGUUAGCACUAGUUUUUGGGCUAAUGAACACACCAGCUGGAACUCCAAUUAGGAUCAUGAAGAAUCUCCGUGUUUGCGAGGAUUGCCAUGCUGCACUGAAACUCAUAUCGGAGAUUGUAAACCGGGAAAUUAUUGUUCGUGAUAGAAACAGGUUUCAUUGUUUUGCAGACGGUUCUUGUUCUUGUACAGAUUACUGGUAACUGAUCGAUGCAGAUGCAUAAAUGUAUCAUGUUUCAUUUAUUUUGUUCA